AUGGAGUCCGAGCUCAAAGACCUAAAUUCCAAGCCUCCCAACGGGAGCACCGCUCGAGACGACCGUCCCCUCCUCAAGUCCGAGUCUAUCGCCUCCGCCGACAGCAUCUCCGAGAUGGAGAAGAAGUUCGCCGCAUACGUCCGCCGCGACGUCUACGGCACCAUGGGACGCGGCGAGUUACCGGCGAAGGAGAAGCUCUUACUAGGUUUUGCGUUGGUCACUCUUCUCCCAAUCAGAGUCCUUCUCGCUGUCACCGUAUUGCUCCUCUAUUACUUAAUUUGUAGGAUUUGUACUCUCUUCUCUCCGCCCAAUCGCGAAGAGGAACAAGAAGAUUACGCUCACAUGAGUGGGUGGAGGAGAACGGUUAUUGUUUCAUGUGGACGCGCCCUCUCCAGAUUCAUGCUCUUCAUUUUCGGCUUUUAUUGGAUUCCCGAAUCUAACUAUGCUUCUCAGGAUGACAAGCAACAGCCUGAAGAGUCAGAGAGACCUGGUGUAAUAAUAUCUAAUCAUGUGUCAUACCUGGAUAUCUUGUAUCACAUGUCGUCCUCGUUCCCAAGUUUUGUUGCUAAGAGAUCCGUGGCUAGACUUCCUUUUGUUGGUCUCAUCAGUAAGUGCCUUGGUUGUGUCUAUGUUCAGCGGGAAUCAAAGUCACCGGACUUCAAGGGUGUUUCAGCCAUUGUCACUGAUAGAAUUCGAGAAGCUUAUCAGAAUGAGUCUGCUCCAUUAAUGAUGUUAUUUCCAGAAGGUACAACCACAAAUGGAGAGUUCCUCCUUCCAUUCAAGACUGGUGGUUUUUUGGCAAAGGCACCAGUACUUCCUGUGAUUCUAAGAUAUCAUUACCAGAGAUUUAGCCCUGCCUGGGAUUCCAUAUCUGGGGUGCGGCAUGUGAUAUUUCUCCUGUGUCAGUUUGUGAAUUAUAUGGAGGUGAUCCGAUUACCUGUUUACCAUCCGUCACAACAGGAGAUGGAUGAUCCCAAACUAUAUGCUAAUAAUGUUAGAAGGUUGAUGGCUUCUGAGGGUAAUUUGACACUGUCCGAUAUUGGGCUUGCUGAAAAACGAGCAUAUCAUGCUGCUCUCAAUGGUUUGUUUUCCCAAUGCUAA